UUCAAGUGAUUCGUUGAAAAGAUCUCAGUUAUAAGAUCGAGUCGGCAACGGUUGGCAAUCGGACGUCACUAAUACAAAGAUGAGAUUUUAUUUUAUUUCAUUUGUAUCAAGGGUCUGAAUUAUUGGCUUACAUUUAGCUAAAAUACUGUUCAGUUGUAGUUAAAAUUAAAAUAUCACCCAGUGGCAAUAUCAGCAUUAAAAUAGCCUGUGUACUUUAUUUACUUAGAGAGACAAAACACUGAAGCUACGACAACAUUAACCGACAUAGGCAACUGAAUAAACUUUGGUGGCUUUCCUCAUUCUUAAAACUGAACAGUUUGCAUUAUAUCUCGCUAUACGCAAGCCAUUUAAAGAACAUACCGGCUGCGAUUUUGAGCGAUCUGUGGACUAGCAAGGGAAUAUUCAGUAGCAGGUUGCUAAAUAUUGGCAAAUCUCAUGGAUCAGUCCGUGAUUCAGCCUGAAAAAAUGGAACUGGUGGUUGUCACUCAUGUUGUUGAUGCCAUCACGUUUUGGGCUCAGAAUGUGACAGACAAAAUAAAUGAGAAGAUAAAUGUUAUACUGAUAGAAAAAUGCCCCAGCGCCCCUAUACUGAUGGGAAGACCAAGUUCACACAAGGUCUAUGGGGCACGAUAUUCAGAGGACAAGUGCUGGUACAGGUGUACUUUGCAACAGCAAUCAGAAGACAAGGUGUGUAAAAAGCUGAGAAAAUCAAGAAGGAUCCACCAUUGUGCCAAAUUCUGAAC